AUGGCAAUCGAACAAAACAUUGUGAGCAUUGUCGGGGCUACUGGGGCCCAGGGUGGCUCUGUUGCUCGGUCUCUGAAGCAAAACCCUCAUUUCGAGGUCCGGUGCAUCACCCGAGACACGAAUUCCCCGGGAGCCAAGGCACUCAUGAAUGAGGGUUUCAAUGUGAUCAAAGCUGAUGGAGCAAAUGCGGAGGAAAUGGAACGGGCAUUGGCGGGCAGCUGGGGGGCAUUCAUUAAUGUGGCUACCGAGGGUCAAGAAUUCGACAUUGCUGUUGCUCUACAAAGAUCAAUCCUGUCAAGCGCCGCAGCUGCCGGCGUAAAACAUGUUGUCUUCAGCUCUGCGCCUGACGCUCGAAAGCUGACCGCGGGACGUGCGCCCGUCCCUAACUUAGAUGUAAAGGCACAGGCAGCAGAAUGGGGCGAUGCCUGUCCCGUCUUUGAGACCUUUACACCAGUUAUGCUUUCGUGGUAUCUUGAGAACUUUGAACAUCCCAUCCUUGCCGAGCUCCUGGGGGGGUUCCCCAUCCACGAAGACCAGGACGGGUACCUCAGCUGUCGGGUGCCGCUAUGGGGAGGCGAGGAGGAAGUCCCAUUCAUCAGUGUGAAAGAUGAUUUUGGAGACUUAGUUCACGGCGUCUUCCUCAAUCCUGUACGGUGGAAUCGCGCUGUGAUCCAGUGUAAUGGAGAGCUGAUGUCGUGGGCGGAUAUGGUGCAGGCCUAUGUUGCUGGUAAAAACUCCUCCUUCUGCGGCCUCCUCGCCACCAAUCAAUUGAAAGGAACUCAAAAGACAGCUAAUGGGAUUAUAGUGACCGGUAAGAAAGCUCGAUUCAUGCCCUACAUCCCCGCAGAGGAGAUGCCGACCUUUGAGUGUGGGGGAAUUCAGGAUCUGUUCAUCUACAGCCAACUACGAGGGGGCGAUUACUACGGCAAUGGGCCCAGUGAGACUAGGACUGCUUGUCAACUGAAGCGGGAUGCAUGGAAGGCAAAGGGCAGGAAGGGACGAGAGACUAUGAUGACUGUCAGGGAGUACUUUGAGCGUCUACAUGUUUCCUAA